CACGGGCAGGAGCUGUGAGACCCUCGCCAGAAGAAGACUAGGGGUCACCAGUCAGUCCCUCCCUCUCUCACUCACUCUCUCUCACACACACACACACACACACACUAAAAAAAGGAAAGAAAAAAAAAAAACUUCCAUUCCAUGGCAGUCGGAUUCCACCAGUAAAGCAGUGCAGUGGUAAAGCACGGCGGCUGUUACUAGUGCUGCUGGUUUUAGGUUUUAGAGAAGAAGAACACACAGUCACACAGUGACGGACAAUCCUCAAAUUAAAAAGGAUGAGUGGGAAGAAAGAGAGGUCUUCAACUUCAACCUCCAGAUCUCCCCCCACAAUGUCUCACCAUUCCAGUCCUCCACAACCUCACCCUUUGCCUCUCGUCGUCACUCUCAACUGCAUCGAGGACACGACCCUAGAAUCCGACUGCUUAGCUGGCGUCGCCUCCGUCGAGCACGUUUCUCUCAGCCGUCUCGCCGACGCCCGGAUCGAGUCUGCCGCCGCCGUUCUCCUCCAUUCCCUCGCCUUCCUCCCUCGCGCCGCCCAGCGCCGUCUUCGCCCCUGGCAGCUCAUCCUCUGCCUCGGCUCCUCCGACCGCUCUGUCGACUCCGCCCUCGCUGCUGAUCUCGGCCUUAAUCGGCUCUUCCACGUCGAUGUCAGCCGCGCCGAGGAGGUCGCCGAUACUGUUAUGGCCCUCUUCCUUGGCUUGCUUCGCCGGACGCACCUGCUCUCCAGGCAUGCGUUGUCAGCUUCUGGCUGGCUUGGCUCCGUUCAGCCGCUUUGUCGUGGAAUGCGCCGAUGUCGCGGGUUAGUGUUGGGGAUCGUCGGGAGAUCUGCCUCGGCUAGAUCCUUGGCUACUCGGAGCUUGGCUUUCAGGAUGAGCGUGCUCUACUUUGAUGUUGAUGAGGGAAACGGGAAAUUAAGUAGAUCCUUGAAUUUCCCUUCUGCUGCCAGGAGAAUGGAUACUCUUAACGAUUUACUGGCUGCAAGUGACCUAAUAUCACUACACUGUGCAUUGACAAAUGAAACAAUUCAGAUUAUUAAUGCAGAUUGUCUGCAGCACAUUAAACCCGGGGCAUUUCUUGUGAAUACAGGUAGUAGCCAGCUGUUAGAUGAUUGUGCUGUGAAGCAGCUCUUGAUCGAUGGCACCCUCGCAGGCUGUGCUCUUGAUGGUGCUGAUGGGCCACAAUGGAUGGAAGCAUGGGUACGCGAGAUGCCAAAUGUGUUGAUACUCCCUCGUAGUGCUGAUUAUAGUGAAGAAGUCUGGAUGGAGAUAAGGGAGAAGGCCAUUUCCAUACUGCAGUCUCUUUUUGUUGAUGGAAUCAACCCAAGAGAUUCUGUAUCUGAUGAAGAAGAAUUAGAAAAUGAGGUAGGCCAUGACCGGGUUGAGACACAGGACAGCGAAAGUGCGCUACAGAGUUCAGUUUGUGAGCAGCUAACUUCAGACAUUCACUUAAAUGCUGAGAGCUCUCAGAAAAAGGCUUCAAAUCCAUCAAAGGAAUCUUCUGGCCAGCAUCAAGGUCCCGUUUCGUCACAAGGUACCUCAAGUAGAACUGAAGCAAAACGAAGUAGAUCAAGCAAGAAGACUAAAAGGAGGCAUGCCCGCCAAAAAUCACAGCACAAAAUAGAAGAACAUAUGACACAUGAAAGAGAGAGCACUUCACAUCAUGAAGAUGAUACAGCAAUGAGUGGUACAGAUCAAGUGUUGAGUUCUAAUUCACGUUUUGCUUCUCCUGAAGACUCGAGGAGUAGAAAAACAGCUAUUGAAUCAAUACAGGAAUCAUCUGCUGAGCAGCUAUUAAAAGCAAGCAGGGAAUUCACUAAGAAAUCUAGUGAACUGCUGAAAGAUGGUUUUGUUGUUGCAUUACGCCCAAGAGAUCAACAUGCACUUUAUGUCUCCCGGCAACGAGUUCAAGGUGGUGCUUGGUUCCUUGACACUGUGCCCAAUGUGGCAAAAAGAGAUCCUGCAGCUCAGUUUCUUGUGGAUUUCAGAAGCAAGGAUGCAAUUGGUCUGAGGUCAUUCACUGCUGGAGGCAAGUUGUUGCAGAUAAAUAGGAAAAUGGAGUUUGUAUUUGCCAGUCACAGCUUUGAUGUGUGGGAGAGCUGGACGUUUGAAGGUUCAUUGGAGGAAUGUAGGCUGGUAAAUUGCAGAAAUCCAUUGGCUGUUUUGGAUGUACAUAUUGAAAUUCUUGCGGCUGUAGGAGAAGAUGGUAUCACACGGUGGCUAGAUUAGGUGGUGAAAUGGGAAUGUUAAGCACUCUUCAAACACAAGAUAAUUUCUUUGUACCACAUUUUGUGACGCUUCUGAAGUGCUUGCGAGUUGUAAAGCAUUCAAUUUUUACACUUAGAUCAGAGUUGCAAGGGUUUGUACCGUAUGGUUAGUGAGCUUGAAAAUGGAAAAUGUUGUUCAUUAGGAAAUGUCCAUUGUUCACCAAAAAUUCUGGUAUUUAUUGCUGUAUUGGUGCCCAGACUGUUGCACGAGCACUUCCUUUUUGAAGUGUGAACUUGAGCUGAGGUGGAAUUUGGUGGCAUGUGCUGUUUUUGCUGUA